CACACAAUUAGCUUAUUGUUCCUUUCUGUAUUGUGCUGAGAGGAUCCAAGGGACUGGUGGGGGAAUAGGCAAGCCAGGCAUCACUGUGGAUGUUGAAGAGGGGAGUCACUCAGACCUCGGUAUCUUCACUUGCCCACUCUGGAAUUACAGCUACUUGUUUCAGAGCCCUCUGUGUAUCUUGACAGACUGCACCCGAGGAAACACAUCCAGGAUACUGCUUGGGGUUGGUCUUUCUGAACUCUUCACAUCUCUAACUAAUUUUCAUCAUUGUCAUGGAGCCCAAUAGUCCCAAAAAGAUACAAUUUGCUGUGCCUUUAUUCCAGAGUCAGAUUGCACCAGAGGCAGCAGAGCAGAUCAGGAAAAGAAGACCCACUCCAGCAUCACUGGUGAUUCUCAAUGAGCAUAACCCCCCAGAAAUAGAUGACAAGAGAGCGACUAACACUCAAGGAGAAUCACAGAAUGCAUCCCCUAAACAAAGGAAGCAGAGCGUGUACACACCACCUGCCAUGAAAGGAGUUAAACAUCUGAAAGGUCAGAAUGAAUCAGCAUUCCCUGAAGAAGAAGAAGGUGUAAAUGAAAAAGAAGAACAGUGGGACCAUUAAUUACCUGUCUACAGCAAGAAGGCUUCCCGGGAAUAACUGAACUGUUUACUUUUCUGACACCAUGGAUCUCCACUGCUUGACCUCAACAGCAUUCUCCACCUCUGCACUCCACACACGGACAGUAGUAAACCAUCUCCUGGAGCCCUCCUUGACUGAACUGUAGAACUAAGUGCAGAGUGUUCCACAUCACUUACUAUUCAGCAUUUAUUUUAUAGAAAUGUUUCUUUUUAACUAUAUAGAAAUUUGCAAACACGUGACCAUCCUAACUUUAAUUCUGUCAGAGCUUAAUCUCUGAUAUCUUACUGAUAUGGUUUGCAUUUAAGUUCAAAUGUAAAUAGCAUUACUUCAAGAGUAAAAAAUAAAUAUUAAAUAAAUGUAGACAUAAGCAUGUGUGGGUUUCACUUAAGAGGAAUCUCUAACAAAGCUUUCAAGCUAACAUCUGCAUUUAUCAAAUAUUUUCCAUAUACAGAACUGAAGAGUGUUUGUUGCAGAAAAAUGACGAAAUGUCAGAUUGAGUCAAAAUACCACAACAGGUGCCAACGUUGUUGUGCUGUAGGUUAAGCUGUUGCUUGCAAUGCCAGCAUCACAUAACUGAGUGACAUUUGAGUUUCAGCUAAUAAUGUGCCUGGGAAUGGAGCAUAAGAUGGCUCAAAUAAUUGCUCCUGUCCUCAAUCCAUGUGGGAGACGAGAGCAGAUCUUGGCCCCUUGCUUUGGCCUGGUCUAGGCCUGGCAGUUCUUAUAAUUUGGGGAGUGAACCAGCCAAUGGAAGAUUCUCUUUCUCUAUAUCUUCUCCCCUUGCCCUCUCUCUGUCUCUCUCUGUCACUCAGUCUUUCAAAGAAAUACUUAAUCUUUUUAAAAGAAUGGCAAUAUUACAUACCAAACAUCUUCCCCCUGACACAGCUUGUUAAAUGGUAUUUAAAGAACUAUAUAAUUUUCCUAAUUUGUUAAACCUAUAAUAUAUAUGUAUAUAAUCCUUAGUGUUAAGAAAGAAAAAAAACUAAAUCUAAAAUAAAAUAUACUAAAUUUAUUCUGCCCCCUUUUCAGCUGUUACUUGAAAUCUGGAUCAUUUACUUCAUUUUAGUAAGUCAUUAUCAUUUUAUAAAUCUUCUUUAUAGUAAAAAUUCCAUUAAUCCAUUGUAUAGUCAUUUAUAUAUUAAUUCAACAACUAUUUUUAUGAAGCUAUCCCUAGGAAGGUACUCUGCUAGGAGUUAUAAAAAUAAAGAAAGAUAAUCCCUUCCCCACAGAACUGGCACAGAAGAUAAAGCAUUCAGACAAAGUAAGAUUUUACAAGACUAUAUUCAUUGACUGUGAUCUUGUGAUAAGUCAAAGUUCUCACACUCUGAACAAUUUUAGUCAUUGAUAACAUUUGAAUACAAAUUAUCUAUAAUGCAAGAUUUAAUGGGGGUGGAAAAAUAUUCAUAUUGGAGCCUACAUUGAUACUAGUGAGGUUCAAAUGUUUCAUGAAUAAAAGAGAAAUGUAAAGAUUUCUCAAAAGUCAGAAAAUGGGGGAAAUUAAUAAAGGAAGGAAAAAAUCAGAUGUAAAAUUCACUGUGGGAUUUAAUACUAAGAUCCAAAGGAGGCGAAUGAUUGCUUUUAAAUUUAAAUAUGAGUAUUAUAAUUUAGGUAUUAAAGGAGUUAUGUGAAAAUGUUAGAGAAUAUAGUAGAAAUAACAAUCAUUUUGCUUUGUUUAUUUUCCCAAAGAAAAUAAAUACAGAGCUCACUAAAAGAAACAGCAUGAAGAUGAAUAAGUGCUCUGGUUUCUUCCUGCUGUCAUCCCUCUCUACUUUCACUCUUCCUCCCUUCCUCUCUUUCUCUUUUCCUUCACCAGCUCUCCUCCUUCCCCAUGUGACUUUUUUGGCAAACAAGUUUCUCCCAAAACUUUCUGGAGUUUCUACACCACCUACUAUGACUUUGUUUGAUUUCCUACAUUUUUUCUACUUAAAACAAGAUUAAUAGCCUUAUUUGUUUAAAGUGAUUUUGAAUUAUUUGUGUUUGGAGAACAUCUCAACACCCUUUGAGAGUGUUUGAGACACCGUGGGGUACUAAAAAAAUACAACUGCCUAUCCCUUUUCUAGAAGAGACACUUUUACAAUUUUUUAAGCAAAUUUUAGCCAAAAUCAAAACAAAACAAAAGCUUUUGUUUAAUUUGUAAGAGCAUUUGGGGACAUAUCUAACAUAAAUUAUGAAUUCUUCUAUUCUGUUCUCUAUUCUGAAAAGCAAAAAGAGAUCAAAAUAAAUUAAAAACAUAAAUUUUCCUUGGGAAACAUUGAUUUCUUCUCUUCUCUUCUUCAUUCUCAAAAGACAAAGAGAUUACAGUUAUUAGCUAAAGUUUUCCUUGAGAAAUGUGUUGGAUUUCUCAGAAAUUUGAAGGAAACUAUCUGAUAUAGUGGAAUUUCAGUUUCCUUUUCACACAAUUAUAGUUAACUACAAAAAGGUUUUUUAAGAGGACCAGUUGACUUCCAUUUGGCUGAAUGGGCAAAGAAACUUUCUGACCAAAGCAAAACAAAGCUAACCAAAGUUUGUGUUUCUGAGACCACUUUUAUAUAUGAUAUCACAUAAUAUAAUAAUUAGUAUGAGGGCUUUAAGUCCCUCUGACUUGGAUUUAAAUUCAGUGUCUACUUGCUUUUAAACUUAAUGUCUUCAUUUGUAAAAUGGGUACAAUCCUACCUAAACUAAUUGGUUGCUGUUAAUCUUAAAUGAGUUAAAAUCUAUAAGAAGCUCAAUCCAACAUAGUGUGCUUUCAAUAAUUGGUGUGUACUAUAAUUAGUAUCAGGACUUUGAAGGUCAUAUUUCUAAACCUUAUCUAAUGUGAGAUGCUCUUCAAUAUCACAGACAAGUGAUUGAUCUUGUAUCCAAAGCUUUAAUUGCUUGUAUAUUGAAUCCUACCUUUUUCCUGUACUUGCACUUUAACCACUCUUUUCUCCUUUGAGGAUUCCAGAAUAACUCCAUUCCUAUAUCUUAGACAUUUAAAUAUUUAAAAAUAUUUAAUACCAUCUCCUUAGUGGUUUCAUUUCUUUGAUCAAACAUCAUCUGUUCCACCAAAACUUUUGGAUUCUCUUCAAGUGUUUGUAUUGAAUAUAAGAAAGGCUAUGUCAGAAGACAAAGUUAUAGAUUACUAUUUUCUCCUUGUAUAUGCAAGAAAGGCAUAGUGUGGCAAGGUGAGGCAAGCAUCUAGGCCAGAGUUCUUUCUAUUGGACAAUAAAUUUGUAACCCCUUUUUCUUCCAAGAAAUGUCCAUUAUAGAAGUACCUAUAACAAAACAACAUUGUCAGGCUAAUUUCUGUUCUUAAGUAAAUUUUCACAGUUCACUUUUAAUUGAGUAUUUACCAAUGUUUACUAUUGUGAAAAACAAGAUGAUUUUAGUUUGGACAGGAAUAAAUUAUUUUUAUUUUUAUAGUUAAAUAUACUAUUAUAAUAUGUAUAAGAACAUACAACUGGAUGCCCAACCCCAUGAUUUUGUGAUUAUUAUUGCUUAGGAUGAAGCAAUUUAAAGUAUGAGUAUACUUUGAGUCCAUUUAAAGAAAACUAUUAGACAACUAUAGUAGAAGUGAUACCCAAAAUCACAAAAUGAUAUACAAUUAAAUGAGUAGAGGCACUGGUUUUGGAUAUUUCCAUAGCAAACAACUCAAGUAUAAGGAUUACAUAGUUCAUUUAACUGCAACAUGGAUUUAUGAAUUAAUAAAUAAGCCAUGUAUGUUGCAUUGAUUUUGAAAGUAUUUAUGUUUUUCAUCUGCAAAAGGAAACUAAUGCAAAAUGAAUAAUAGGAAAAGCCUGUCUAUUUACAUAAAGAUAUUUAUGUCCGUGUGCAAUUCUGAAUAUUUGUUUUCCUUGAGUAAUGGUUAUGCGGGAAGAAAUGCUGUUACUUAUUUUCUAAGUCUAUGAUUCCAAAAACUAGUCCUAAAAGUUCCUCCAGGUAUAUUAAGUAAUAAAAACGUCUCUAUUGUUGAAAUGUGAAGUCUGUUGAAGAAAUUAAAUUAUUAGAUUUCAUAACAUUCUGACAGACUAUAUGUCAGAGAAAGAGUUUAGGAAAAUGCUGGGGGAAUCUGAAGAUGCCUGAAUUUUAGUGAAAUAAAUUCACAAGGUUUGUAGGGCACUUUAUCAUGGCUGUAUUUUCAAGGGAUGAGGCCAUCCUAGCUACAGAAGCCAGCAUUGAUUGAGCUGAAAAAUGCAACAGAAUUCUGGUCCCUGUCUUUAUUUAACAGGUGGGAAAACCACGGCCUAAGAUUUUUUUUACUGAAAUAUAUACACUCAGUUAAAAACUGUGCCAGGUAGGAGAGCAUUUCUCAGCAUAUAUUAGAGACAUUUGCAGACAACCAUGGGGAGGUUGGAUUAUGAUAGGCAAUGAAAUAUUCAGGACAGGAACAUUCUAUCAAAGCUCUAACAAGCGGCCGGCGCUGCGGCUCACUAGGCUAAUCCUCCGCCUUGCGGCACCGGCACACCGGGUUCUAGUCCCGGUCGGGGCGCCGGAUUCUGUCCCGGUUGCCCCUCUUCCAGGCCAGCUCUCUGCUGUGGCCAGGGAGUGCAGUGGAGGGUGGCCCAAGUGCUUGGGCCCUGCACCCCAUGGGAGACCAGGAUAAGUACCUGGCUCCUGCCAUCGGAUCAGUGCGGUGCGCGGCAGCCAUUGGAGGGUGAACCAACGGCAAAAGAAAACCUUUCUUUCUGGCUCUCUCUCUCACUGUCCACUCUGCAUGUCAAAAAAUUAAAAAAAAAAAAAAAGCUCUAACAAGCAACAGGCAAUUUUCAUUUUCCUUGACAGUCUCAGAAUUGUAACCAUUUGAGCUCAAGAGCUGUUGCUCCAGGUAUCUGAUCUUUUCCAAGCAGAAAGAAGACUAGGAAGAAAAGCAGGGAUGGGAAGUGGGUCUAUAGCUAAGAGAGAAAGCCUUCCCAGAAACCUUGAAAAAAGCAGCUUAGAGGCCAGAAUUGUGUCUCUCCUUGAUACAGGAAGUUCUGGAAAAUAACUAUCUUUAACUGGAUGCCUUGUCACAUCCCAAGUAAAUUAGCGUUCUCAUUGUGACACAUAAAGUCAUUGUGGAUAUUGGCUAAGUGGACAGCAGUAUCUGGUUUUCAACUGAACAAAAUCUAGGGACUUUGCAUUUCUCCAGUGAAUUUGAAAGAAGUCUAGGCAAGGAGUUGAAAACAUUAAUACUCACAAGAUAUCACUGCUAAUUAAAAUGAUUAAAUUAGUAGUGUUUAUGAUAGAUCUGUAGCUGAAUAAAACCAGUCAGAUAUUCUAAUUCUAUACAGUUUUCAUAGGAUCAUUUGGUAUAGGUUUUAAAGCUUUACUUUAUGAACAAGAAACCCAAAUUCUAGUUCACUAUUCAGUGAACAUAUAUAAAUGCCUAUGCCACACAAGACAUUAUUUAAGUGCUGGAGAUACAGCUAUUAACAAGAUAAAUCAAAGGAUGUAUAUUCUAGUGUGUGAAGGCUGCCAAUAUACACAUAAAUUAAUAAUUAAGUGAGAAUUUCCGAAGAUGAAAAAUUUUUGGAAGAAAAUUAAACAAGGGGAUAUGACAAAGAGUGGUGUCUUCUGUUUAUUGUAGAGUGUGACCUUGGGUAAUUCUUUUAAUCUCUUGGGGAGUCAGUUUUCUGAUUAGGAAAAUGGAAUGCAUGAUGUAGAUGACAAGAUGUUAUGGUGAGGCCCCUUCAGACUCUAAGAUCUGUGUUUCUCCAUCUAAUUCCUUUUCAGGAAUUUCAGGAAGCCACAAAGGAGCAGAGAAGAUAUGGGAACAGGAAGAAAGCAGCAGUAAUUAGGGGAAGAUGGGAUUAGAAGAAAAAAGGGGUAUCCUUGUAUGACAACCAACAGAAUAAAAUUAAGUUAGAACUAUACAAACACACACACUUGUACGUACAUCUGUAAGUAUGAAACAGCAUUAACACCGUAACCAACUGUUUUCUAUCUUUCAAAAUAUCUUCUUCAAAAAUGGACUUUUUUAGGAUUUCAAAAUUCUUCUGGUAAAAAUUUCCUCCUACAAAUCACUAAUUAGAUAAUUUACUGUAUCCUCGUGGACAAGCUUUGUUACUAUUAAGUGCUGCAUACCAGAUUUUUCUCUUUAUAGAGAUUUAUGUAAUGUAGUAUUAAAUUCUCUGGAAUGUUUCCACUGUGUUCUGGAGUACUUAUUUUCUUUCUCUCCUUCAGGUGCAAAAUAAGUUGAUAACAACCAGAAGCUGACUUUUCACUUGAGCUUGGAAAAAGACACAAAACAAGUACUACCACUACCACCUCCAACUCCAAUGUGAUGGAUUUACUCCCUACCAGUUUGCCUUCUGAACAACUAGAUGUUUAUACAUAAAUAAUGCCAUAUUUUUCAGAAAUAACCCCUUCAUUUUAUUAUUUUUUUCUAAUUAUAUCAUUGGCCAAAUUCUUCUGUUUGGUAUUAAUUAAAACUGAAAUUGAAUUUAAAAGAGAGAUCUUGAAUCUGGAUUAGUUUUAAGUAUUUCAUUUUUAGUUUUUCUAAUUUUAGACUCUAAAUCUGCUCUGACAAUAGGGAAGCUUUCAAACACAUUUUCUUUUUGAAAUUCAUUUCUUUGUUACAUUUUCAAAUUCCAAUGUCCUUGAUUCAAGUUAGUCCUGCAAAAUCUGUGUUCAUAGUCUACCUUCCAAGUACUGAUUGAAACAUCUGGAUUGUAAAACUGAAAAGGCUAUUAGUACAAUGUGAGGCUGGUAACAAAUAUUUGUUCAAUUCUUUAUAAUUGAUAAAAUGGCUUGAACUAUGUUUCUCAGUUAAUAAUCAUGUUAAAUAUUUCUGUCAGAUAGGACUCAUUUUAUAGAUAAGGAAACUAGUGUCCAAAGAAAACAACUGACCCAAAAUGAAGCAAUAGCCAACAAAUCCUUAAACUAGCUCAUCACCUGUUUGAGAGGUUGUGAUCAUUUUUAGUAUAGAAAAUCCCAACCACUUUAGGAGCCAUUGGCUUUUGUGCUUUCUUAGUCUUAUAGAUAGACUGAAAAGUAAACUUACUACUUUCAGACAUAACUAUAGGGUAAUAAUCUUCUUAAUAAGACUGAGGUAGGAAGAUGAACCUGGAUUUUUCUUCUUUUUUCUCAAAUGUUUAUUUACCUAUUUUCACCUACUUGAAAGAAAGAUUGACAGAGAUAGAGACAAAGAUGAGAGAGAGAAGAGAACACCUUCUUCUAGCCUCCAACUGGUGGUUCACUCCUCAAAUAGCUGCCAGGACUGGACCAGGUUGAAGCCAGGAGCCCUGACCUCUGUCCAGGUCUGUAACUUGAGAGUCAGCUGCCCAUUCACUUGGGCUGUUAUCUGCUGCCUCCAAGAAUGCAUUAACAGGAAGUUGGAUUGGAAACAGAGUAACUGGGACUUGAACCAGCACUCCCAUAUGGAAUGCGGAUGUCCCAAGCAGUGGCCUAACCUGGUGUACAACAAGGACAGCCCCUAGCUUAAUUCUGUGCUAUUGACUUCAAACUAAGAUGGCCUUGGCAAAUAAGAGAAGCAAGUUUGAAGUUCUCUGGUUUAUUUUAAAAUAUUUUCUGUUUAAAUCUAUAUUUUAAAAAUAAUCUCUAAUAUCUUAAAGAUAUUUGCUGUAUUUAUGACACUUAGGUAUAACAUUCUCUUACCGAAC